AUGCCGCUGCUGCUACGCGAUCCAUUUCUCAUUUCUUUUCCGUUCUUUACUGCUUCUGACACUUCAUAUACCAUAAAAUAUGGGGAAAAAAACCAACAGGAAGCACGAAUGAAGGAAACAACAACAACAAAAAAAAACAAAAUAAAAUAA